AUGAUUGAUUCUUGCAAGACUUUGUUCACCUUUGACAUUGAUGGAACAAUUUUGAAUUGCUUGGAUGGUAAAGAAGUCAGACUGAAUGCAUUUCUUUCCGCAUAUCAAAAAUUUUUUAAUACAAAUAAAUUUCUUUCUAAAAAAGACCUUUUCGGAAAGCUAACUAUUGGCAUGACAGAUGCUGCAACUGCUCAGAGCAUUUUGAAUAAGCAUCAAGGUCAUUCUUCCCCUAAAGAAAUUUAUGAUUUUUUACAGUUUUACAAUGAAUCAUUUAUACAUUCCAAUAUGAACAAGCCUGUACUAACAAAUGGAAUACGAGAAAUUGUUAAUGAAAUUAAAAAAUGCAAAAAUACAUUUGUUUGUCUUGCAUCAGGAGCUACAUUUGAAACUGCUAAAUAUAGGAUUAGCUAUGUUGAAGUAAGUGAUUUAUUUGUUCCUUUUAUUGGUGGCUUUGGAGAUAAUCUGAAAAGAAAAGAUUGUAUAAGAGAAGCUAUUCGAGAAGCUCAUAAUUACACUAGAUCCAAUAUAUCGUGUGUUAUUCAUAUUGGAGAUACCAACGAUGACAUUGAAAGUGCAUUGAAGGUUAACGCAAUCCCUAUUGGCGUUAAAACAGGUAUGAUUCGCUACAAGCAAGACCAUUAUUCAAAUUAUUUCUUCAAUGAUUUAAUUCAAGCAAAAGAUAAAAUAAUGUCAAUUAUUGCAUCUAAUUCAUGUAAAUAA